GCCGCAGCACCAGUCUUUCGGACCUCUGGAACUGCUGAAGUCCUCGACGCUAACUGUGCGGUCGCUGAGCUCCUGGGUCCUGGGCGAUGGAGAACGGAGAAGUGUACGGCCCCACCACGGAGGAGGACCCGGGCCCCGCUAGGGGCGCCCGGAGAGGCCUUGCUUCCUGUUUCUCCCUGGGUCGGCUCCCGUGGCAGCGAUGGGCGCUCAAAGGCUCGCAGCUGUUGCUGUCUUUGCUGGCCUUUAUCUGUGAAGAAGUUGUAUCACAAUGUACUUUGUGUGGAGGACUUUACUUAUUUGAAUUUGUAAGCUGCAGUGCCUUUCUUCUAAGCCUCCUUAUAGUGAUUGUGUAUUGUACUCCAGUUUAUGACAGAGUUGAUCAUGUAAAAGUAAAAUCAUCGGAUUUUUAUAUUACUUUGGGAACAGGAUGUGUGUUUUUGUUGGCAUCCAUCAUUUUUGUUGCAACACAUGACAAGACCUCAGCUGAAAUUGCUGCAAUAGUGUUUGGAUUUUUGGCAAGCUUUAUGUUUCUAAUUGACUUUUUCACUAUGUUUUGUGAAAAACGACAGGAGUCCCAGCCGAGGAAACCUGAGGCUACCAAUAAGUCUGAAGCUCUCACUGAACCACUUAAUGCUUAAAGACUCUGGGGAACAGGUGUUACAUAAGGUAGCAACUCUUCACAAUGCCGUGCUUUGGCAGAAGCUCUUGUAGAAUUUGUGUAAUUCAAACCACUUCUUUUGGAGCAUGAGGGGAAGGGCAGGAAGGCUGUUUGUGUCAGUUCACCACAAAUUAGACCAGAGGGGUUUUUGUUUAUAAUUUUUUUCUUUUGGUAACGGUUGAAACUUACCUCAAGCAAUGAUUUUUUUGGGGGGUAGGGGAUGGGAAUGACAACUCUUUAAAUCGUAUAGAAUAACUGGUGAUAAAUUAUUUUGUCAUUCUUCUAGAACAUUUUAGAAGGCUUAGCUUCCAAAUUAUGCUUUGUAGCUAUACAAGUAGCCUGAUUUUGCUCAUCCUAUUAGAAAUUUUUCAUUUUUAAAUUACCUUGCUUAGUUAUGAGUUUCUUUAUUAGUAAAAGAAACUAAAUAGACAAUGAUUGGAUUAUAUUUUGUUCACUAAGAUUUAAUGUAUACUUGAGAUCAAUAUUUAAAAUGUUGGUCUAUUUUUUUUUUUCCUUAAAAUAUCUCACUCAGCCUUAAAAUUAUAUUGCGAUACUUUAGGAUAAUUAUUACUAACUCUUUCUAAGACCUUUGUAUAUAGCCUAAUAUAAAAUAUAUAUGGGAUAUGUUGGUAUUUUUUUAUGUAAAAACAACAUAAGCAACCCCAUGUUUAUGCUGUGUUUUCAUUGUUCAUGAUAUCAAAUUUAAAAAAAAGAUUGUUAUAUAAUGUAACACACAGAAAAAUUGAACAAACUCAUAUCAGACCUAAGGACCAAAGAUAAGAAAAAUAUGCUUUUUGCCCAAUACAGUGAAAGUAAUUAUAAAAACAGACUUCAGCCACUUACCAAGUAUCUGAAGAGAUGAAUUCACACUAUGAUUUAUUAAAUGGUCCAUUCCCAUGUUACCAGUUGGCAUCUGAUUAUUUCUACUUAAACUAGUACAGGUCUCCUAUGCUUUCUUUAGUGUUUUCUUGGGAGUCAUUCUUCUUUUUAAAACCUCAGCAAAGAAGUUAGUCAUUGUGGCUUUUUUUCAUCUAUUCAAGAUGCUUUUCUGUCUCCUUAUCACAAUGAUCCAUACAGGUUCAUCAUCAUCCGGCAGAGGUGAAUUUCCUCUGGCUCUCACUCUUUCUUGUUUUCAGUGGUCCAGAAUCUUGGGCCCUUUUAAUUGCAUAGAGUGUGCAGCAGAAUCUUUUGGGUUCUUGUUUUCACAUAGGCAUUGCUCUAGUUUCUCUUUGGAGGAGACCUUCUUAAGAAAGUGAAUAUCUAGGAGAAUCCUGUCCAGAUUAAUACUGUUGAUGGUAUAAGAGAGUAGUCGAACCACUCUCAAGAGAUUUCGUAACAAGUUCUGAUAAUUUGGAAGAAUUGUCAUAAAAGUUCUGGUAAUUUGGAAGAAUUGUCUGUUGCUAGCAGGCUGUCAUAGACCACCCAGGACACUUGGGAUCAGGCCUUUCUGACCAAGUGGUUCACAGACUAGACCUUUCUUGUCCUUCUAGAUUUUUGUUCACUAGUAAGUGAUGAGACCAUGCAUCAGGUCCUUCAGAUACUUUAGUGGAAGUCUCUGGGCAGGGAUUUCUAUUUGAAAUAGUGGAAUCAUGUUUAUAUCCUCACCUGCCAUUUGUGUGUUGUAGAUGGGUUUCACAUGUUUGAAUGUGGCUAAUGUUCUCAGAAAUUGAUCAAUAUGGCCAGUUACAGCUUCUGUUCUCUCUUACUCUCAGGACCUUAUCAAUUUGUUCAUAGCUUGGAGGCAAUUGUUAAUUGUGAUGCCACCCAUCACUGAUACUGUUUUUACUGGGAAUGUCAUCCAAGAGAGGAGAAAUAGUUUGGAUAUUGGGUCCAAAAAGAAAGACUGGUUCAAAGGUAACCAGUUUGCAGUGGGCAAGUUCUGAAAUUUUGCAUCAAACUGUACCAUUGUCAUUUUAAAUGUCAUCUAGAUCCAGCUGGAAUUUACAGCAAACAUCUGGGCUACCUCAGGGUCCCCACCUGUGCAUUGGGCUUCAUUGAGUUUGACAUACAUAUCCUCACCUGACUUCACACAUUAUAAAUAGCAUGUUGGCAUUGAGCUUAAUCUCUGCUUGUUCUGGGGUUUUAUUGAUGCAGGAGUGGGUCUCUUAACUGGCCACUUAAUCAUUUCCUUUUCAGAAAGAUGUUAUGUUCUCUGGUGUUUUUGAUCACUCUGAACCUUCCUUCACAUUGUUUGUUAUGGAAUCCAUGACUGGUUAGCUUCCCUCUAACUAUUGUAUUGUGGAAGGAAUUAGGAGUGAAAAAACUAUUAUGAUAAAUAAAAUGUUCAAGCAAAACAUGGGACCAAAAGCCACUGUUGUGUAUGAAAAGGGCAAACUCAAUGAACUCAAUAAAUUAGGACCAUUAUGGUAAAUAAAAAGUUCAAGCAAAAACUUGGGACUAAAAAACCAUAGUUACUAGAAAAGGGCAAACAAAUUUAAAAUAAUUUUUUAUUAAUAGCACUGGUAAAUGUGAUUUAUGUUGCAUACAAAUACAAUGUUUAGAAUGGUUUUUAAGAAUUAAUAAGAGAAAUGCUCUUACAAUACAAAAGUUUUAUUAUUACUAUUCUUAAAUUAUAUUCUGUUUGGGGACUGGGAAGUGUAUUUUUACAUUGUUUAUAGCCAAUCAUUUUUGUAUUUGUCAAUUUAAAUCCUGUGGGUCUUUUUUAUCUUCCUCAAUGUCAAAUUUUAUAAUCUUGUUUUUAAAUAAAUUCAUUUUAUUAAAACGUUCAUACCCUUAAAGUUGUUUAAUUAUUACAGAAACAUGAUAUUGAGAUGAAAAGCUUUCUCCAAAGUUCUAGGAGUUGAUUGUAUAGCAUUAUUGAGUACCUGCAUUGAAUACUGGAUACCACAUCUUACCUGGCUUGGGGAAAAGAUAGAAAAAAAACAAGUCCAGUUCCUAGCCAUGAGCUUUCCCUCUUUUUGGAAAGUUGGAAUACACAUUCAAACAUUUUUAAGAAGCUAUGUAUGAAGAGUUACAAAGGAAAGUUAUGAGCUACACUCCUUCAAAUACUGCCAGAGCAGCAAAUUUGGACUCCAUCACAAUUCUAAAUGUGACUAACAAUGCUAAAAAACAAAAUAGGCACAUUCUUUUUUGGAGAGUUCAGUGAUUGGGAAACUUGAGUGGUUCUGGAAAAGCUACAACUAUUUGUAUAGUUUGCGAAAUUCCUGCCUCCGGCCUGUAUGAGAAUAACAAGGUCUUUAUAGUCACCAAGAACUCAUUGGAAUUUGUACAUUCUUCAGACUUUUGUGUUUUGUUUUGAUUAAAGAUGUUAUAUCAAUAUGCA